AUGCCCCAGGAUCAGGGGGCGCCCGCUUUCCCCCUGGCGGAGUCCCCUUGCGCUCUGGGUCCGGGAUCGUCGUCGGAGUCGGGGCCCUGCCCGCCGCCGUCCCCGCGGCCCCGGGCCCCAGGCUGGGCGACCCCUCGACGGGGCGUCCCGGGUGCCGGCGGGUCUCGGAAGCUGGCCGAGGCGCGCAGCGGCCAGUACGGGCUGAACGUGCUGGUGGCCGGGCUGCUGCUGCUGCUGGCCUGGGCCGUGCACGCGUCGGGGGUGGGCAAGAGCGACCUGCUGUGCUUCCUGACGGCGCUCAUGCUGCUGCAGCUGCUGUGGAUGGCAUGGUACGUGCGCCGCAGCGCCGCGCACCGCCGCCUCUUCCGCCUGCAGGACGCGCACGCGGGCGCGCGCUGGCUGCUCGGCAGCAUCACCUUGUUUGCAGCCAUCACCGUCGUCCUGGGGUGCCUGAAGAUCGGCUACUUCGUUGGCUUCUCGGAGUGUUUGUCGGCCACCGAGGGUGUGUUCCCAGUCACCCACGCUGUGCACACGCUGUUACAGGUCUACUUCCUCUGGGGCCACGCCAAGGACAUCAUCCAGUCUUUCAAAACCCUGGAGAGGUUUGGGGUGAUCCACUCGGUGUUCACCAACCUGCUGCUGUGGGCCAACGGGGUCCUGAACGAAUCCAAGCACCAGCUCAACGAACACAAGGAGCGGCUCCUCACGCUGGGCUUCGGCAAUGUCACCAUCGUCCUCGACGACCACACGCCUCCCUGCAACUGCAGCCCCCCAGCCCUGUGCUCAGCCGUGUCCCACGGCAUCUACUACCUCUACCCCUUCAACAUCGAGUACCAGAUCCUGGCGUCCACCAUGCUCUACGUGCUGUGGAAGAACAUCGGGCGCCAAGGGGACGCCUCCCGCCACGGGAAGCUCCGCUUCAGGCUCCGCGGGGUGGCAGUGGGUUCACUGCUGGGCCUGGGUGCGCUGGCCGCCACCAUCGGCGUGGUGGUGCUCUACCUCGUCCACAUAGGCCGCUCGCAGAGCAGGAGCGAGGCGGCACUUGUCAUGUUCUACCUCUACGCCAUCGCCCUGCUCGUGCUCAUGGGCGCCGCCGGCCUGCUGGGCCUUCGCAUCUACCAGGUGGAGGAAGCGGCGCUGGAUGAGUCCAGGAACCCUGCCCGCAAGCUGGACGCUGACUUGCUGGUGGGCACUGCCUCGGGGUCCUGGCUUCUGUCCUGGGGCUCCAUCCUGGCCAUGCUCUGCGCUGAGGCCUGCCCUCCACACACUUGGUACAACCUGCCCUACUCCAUCCUGGUGAUCGCCGAGAAGUACAUCCAGAAUGUGUUCAUCAUCGAGUCCGCCUACCGCGAGCCGACCAGGCUGUCCGAGGCCAUCCGCACGCUGCGGGUGGUCACCGUGUGUGGCCCCAAGACCCCGGCCGCCGGCUCCUCUGGGUUCCCCAGCCUCGAGGUGGCCUCGGCCAUCAACAGGAGUCCGCCCCUGGGAGAAGGUGGUGGUGAUGGCAAGGGGCCCGAGGAGAGGCACUGGCCCCGCGCUCCCUGCCUGGCCCGCUGCCCCCGUUUCCUGGAUGGCGACGCCAAGAGGAGGCUCCUGCGGAACAUUGCAGCCUUCCUGUUCCUUGGCAACAUUUCGCUGUGGAUCCCCCCGGCGUUCGGCUGCCGCCCCGAGUAUGACAACGGGCUGGAGGAGGUGGUCUUCGGCUUCGAGCCCUGGAUCAUCGUGGUGAACCUGGCCAUGCCAUUCUCCAUCUUCUACCGCAUGCACGCUGCCGCCUCGCUCUUUGAGGUCUACUGUAAGAUAUAG